AUGGCAGGCAUGAAUCUCGUCGUGCUAAACAGCCUCCAGUCGUGCACAGAUCUGCUGGAUAAGCGAUCGAGCAUCUAUUCCGACAGACCCACGUCGGGCAUCACGAUGGUCUCCGAGCUGUGUGAUCUUGGCUGGAGCUUCGGACUGCAGCGCUACGGUCCUGAAUGGCGCGAUGGUCGCAAGGCGUUCCAGUCCCAGUUCCACGCGAACACCGUGCAAAAGUACCGCCCCGCUCUCUCGCGCGAGAUAUAUCGCUUCCUGCGUCGUCUUUGCACAGAACCUGCGGGAUGGGAGCACCACCUCCAUCUGAUAGCAGGGGGUCUAAUAAUGUCUGCCGCAUAUGCGAUCGACGUCCAGGAGAAGAAUGACCCGUACUUGACAACCCAAGAGCACGCUGCCGAGUGUGUGAAGAAGAGUUUGGUUCCCGGCGCCUACCUCGUUGGUAUCUUUCCGUUCUUUAAGUACGUACCAGAGUGGUUUCCAGGCGCAAGAUUCCAGCACGAAGCAAGGAUGUGGCGCAAGUCUGUAAUGCACGUUUUGCAUGCACCCUACAACAUCGUAAAGGAGCGCAUGGUAAAAGACCCGGUGGCGACGCCUGACUGCAUUACCAAGUCCUUGAUAGAGAAUAUGGUCGAUACAGCGAAAGACCCUGCCUACAUGGAGCGAGUCGCCAAGUCAGCCGUGGGAUCGGUGUAUCUCGCUGGCGCCGACACAACGCUCUCAAUCAUAACAUCCUACUUCCUUGCCAUGGUGCUCUAUCCUGAUGUCCAACGUCGUGCACAAGAAUACAUCGAUGAGGUCUGCCAAGGUCGGCUCCCAGACUACUCGGACUACGAUGCUCUGCCAUACGUACACGCACUCGUACGUGAAAGCCUGCGGUGGAAUCCAGUAGUUUCCUUGAAUCUUCCGCACAGGUGCACCACUGACGACAUCUACGAAGAAUACCUUAUCCCGGAAGGUUCCAUCGUCGUUGCGAAUAUCCACGCGAUUUUGCACGACCCCACGGCAUACCCUGACCCCUCGACCUUCAACCCGGAGCGCUUGCUGUGCCGCACCCCCGAUGGCGAGCUCGCGCUAGACCCCAAUGUGCCAGAUCUAUUGCACGCCGCCUUCGGCUUCGGGCGCCGCAUCUGCCCUGGGAGAUUCAUGGCGUACCAGUCCAUAUGGCUCACUCUUGCGAGCUUCCUCUGCGCAUUCCGUAUCGAGCGCGCAAAGGACGAGCGCGGGGUGCCCAUUGACCCGGGCGGGGAGUACGACUGGGGCUUCACAAAGUGAGCCG